CCGUGAGACACUAACACACACUAACACAGAGGGGAAUUGUAAGGCGAGCGGCUCUGUGAGGGAAUAUAUUGCUAGCCGCCCUGCACAACAAUGGUGCGUCUAACAGUGGAUCUGGUCAUGAAAAACAGCAAUGUACUAAGGAACCGGAAAGACGAAUCUCUCGCUCGGCACCUAAGAAGAAUAACGCACUUAAAUUUUUCAAAUAAAAAUAUCGACGAAGUUGAAGACUUAACAAUGUGCAGAAAUCUUACUGUCUUGUAUCUGUAUGACAACAAUAUUAAUCAGAUCAAAAAUCUGGGAUCAAACCUUACACAUCUGUAUCUUCAGAACAACUGCAUCUCCUGCAUUGAAAAUCUCAGUGGCUUGAAAAGACUUGAAAAACUGUAUCUGGGGGGAAACUGCCUCACAGUUGUUGAGGGUUUAGAAGGGCUGAGAGAACUGCGUGAGUUGCACAUUGAAAAUCAACGACUUCCGCCUGGAGAGAAAUUACUGUUUGAUCCACGGACUCUUCACUUCCUUGGUAUAUCCCUUUCAGUGUUGAACAUUAGCAACAACAAUAUAGACGAGCUAAAGGACUUGGCUGUAUUAGAGAAUUUAACACAGUUUGUGGCUGCUGAUAACCAGCUAAAAGAAAUUAAGGAUCUGGAAUUUGUUCUGAGCAAAUGGACGAAGCUGUGCAGAAUGGAUCUCAGUGGGAAUCCAGUCUGCUUGAAACCAAAAUAUAGAGAAAAAGUUACAAUCAUCUCGAAAACAUUAGAAAUUCUUGACGGAAAGGAAAUAAAAGAGAUGGCCCGGCAGUUCUUACUUAACUGGAAGGCUUCAAGAAUUAGCAAGAAGAAAAAAAAUUUGGAGAACAUGACUGGGCCGUCACUCUUGCCGCAAUUAUAUGAAUCUGACAAUUAUCGGUCACUUUUGCCAGUUUACAAUCAGAAUUUCAGGCAUCAGCUUUUGGAACAACCAAAAUAUAUUGUCAUGGCGCAUACACAAAGUUGUAACAAACACGGGCAGUUACAGAGAUCAGCUGGGAAGAGAAACAUCAGCGUCAUUGAGGAUAUCAAGAGCGAAGCAAGAGGAAUGGAGUCCUUCAGUGGUUGUAUCCCUGAAUCUGAAUGUGUUGGAGGACAACAUGGCAAUGAAAGGCCAGGGUACCCCACAAAUUUAAUAAACCUUUGGAAGGGAGAAAAGGAUGAAACAGAAGGAAUUCCCUGAAAAAUACAGCAAGGCUGGUUAUCUUCACCUAUGAAAGGACUUGCCUAUGACAACUAAACUUACUCCUAGUUUCCGCCAAUAGAUUGAUAUUUUCCACAUUUGUCCUUUUCUGACAAGUCAGGAAGUUUUUUUUUUAACAAAUUAACAGAUUUAUCAGAAUUGAAAGAUGUCCGUUUGUAUGUGAUUGACAUUAUAUUUCCACCCCCCAAUCAAUAUGAAGGGAAAGAGUUGGACAAUUCUGUAGUUCCAGCACAGAAAAGAGAUUGCUUUGUAUGAAACACCUGAUAUUUCUUACUGGUUACUGAUUGAUAAAUCAGAUUUACCCUAUAUUUUUGGGUCAUGGGGCAAGGUUGCAUUGCAGCUAGCUUAGGAUAAGUGCUGGCUAAUAUAUCAUAUUCAGGUAUCAUUGAUGGUCAGGAGUCAAGUGAGACAAUGGCACCAGCAAUAAGAGCCUCAAAAUAUUGAUUGCAUGACCAAGCAUGUGGUCAAGAGUUGGUAUAGUGUGUUCCAUGUUCACCGAUGUUCACUGUCAUUUUUAAGCAACUGUCUAUAGUGCUCAGGAAGUGCUUUUGGAUAAUUCCUAGCAUGGGGCUUGCUAAUUUACAUCUUAGCUUUGCAAUCAGCCUUAAUACAUUUUAAUUUCUACUUCA